CAAUGUCUCCCACUUCUUCAGAAAGAAAGGCAUCUGCUUCUGGGAAUCCAAGUGCGCGACAGCCACGAUUCCACCACCAAUUACCACAACGAUGGAGCAAGUGGUGGCGUCGUCCGAGGCCACCAGAUCCAAGUCGUGUUCCGCCGGAGCCACGAACGCCAUCUCUUCCGACAAAACGUGAAUACACCUCAGGCCACUCUCGCGCGUCACCACCGUGACCGGAUGAGCAUGAGCGGGCAGGUCGAGCGUCCGCUGCAGCGCCGAGGCGGACGAGUCCGCGGCGCCGAGGGCUACCACAAGGAGGACGUCCUGGCGCUGCUGAAAUGCGUGCGACUCGUGGUGCCGACGAGCGCCGAGGAAUGGGACCAGGUGCUGGAGGAGUACCGCAAGACGCACGCGGAGCCCAAGGGGCGGUCGCUGCGCGACGCUCACUCGCUGAGGGUCAAGUUCAAGCAGUUGGCGCGCGGCUUCGCGCCCGGCAAGGACGUGCACCCGGACGUGCAAGAGGCCGGCACCAUCAUGGAGCUGAUGACGACCAAGACGGCGGACGGCAAGCUGCUCCAGCGACGCGGGGGACGGGUGAGGGGCGCCGAGGGGUUCUCGCCCAUCGAUUGCGAGGCCAUUCUGAGCGCGGUGCGGCACAUUCUGCCGGUGCACCGGACGGACUGGGAGCAGGUGGCGGAUGAGUACUGCCGCGAGUACGCGGUGCCCAACGAGCGCCUCAGCAGGGACGGCGUCUCGCUCAAGCACAAGUUCCGCACGUGGCUCCGCGAAGACGCGAACGGCUCGUCGCGCCCUCUGGUGACGGAGGCGCUGGCGAUCCAGGCCAGUAUUGAUGCCAGGACCACUCAGCUUGGGAGGGAGGUGUCCGAGCAGUUGGAAAGGUCCAAGGGGUCGCUCGAAGCGGCCCCCACUUGUGCUGAUGAAAAGCACGACACUAAGGUUGAGGUCGUUGCUACGACGGAAGCACCGACCAGUCAGGAGAAGAGCAUCAGUGAGGGUGGCGACAAGCCCCCUGCUGUCGCGCCUCGUCGCGGUGGGAGGACGCUGGGAUCAGAGGGCUACACGCGAUCAGAUACACGGGCACUGCUCGCAUGCGUCAAGCAGGUUCUGCCCGUGGGACCGGGCAGUUGGGACCAGGUGCUGCAAUUGUAUCGCGUGAACCAUUGCAUCCCAAAUGAGCGCUCGCAGCGGAGUACGACCGGAGUCAAAAUCAAGUUCCGACAACUGGUCAACUGGAAGCAAGACAAGGGCAAGGCGCCAUCCGAAGAAGUGCUGGAGGCCCGCUCCAUCCAAAGGGAGAUCGAUUUGAGAGAGAGGCUGGGCAGACAACCUCGCUCUGAGAAUGACGGAUCCACCGGUUCCUUCCCCCAGACGCCCGAGGCUAGUACUUCGGACUACCACGAUGAACAACCAGCCUCGUUGGCACACGGUGAGACUCGCAAUAAUGAAAACCUCGAGCGACAAAAUGUGUCAGCUGAUGCAGCGUGGUCGUCGAGCUCCCACCAAUCGGGUGCUGAGCCCGUUGUAAAACGUCAAAGACUAAUAGCCCCGAAGGAACCUGAAGGCGAUGCUGUGCGUUCGGAGAUCGCUAGUAGGGAGCUUGAACUGCUCCGGCAACGUGAGCAACGAGAAGCUGAGCAAGCAGCAUGGGAAAAGGAGCGAGCAACGCUAGACAAGCAGCGGAUGGAUAUGGAAGCAUGGACAUUCGUGUGCGAUCGUCUGCGGUCGUUGUUCCGAGAGCAGUCUACGGAGACUAACCCGGAUAUUCUGAGUGAGAUCAAAGAUGAAAUCGCUGUGCUCAAGAAAAAGAAGCAGCGGCUAGCCGGCUCGAUGAUGUAA